UUCCUGGAUUUAGCGACAUUAUAGCCAGAACUGUGUGAAGUUGACGCGAUGUUCUAUUAUUAAGUGUGUCGGUGUUUGUGAAAAUUGUGUUUUCUUGCAAUUAUGUACGAGACGCGCAGUGAUUCCUCCUCUCCCGUUUAUCGCCAGCUAUCACCGCAACAAAACGAUCAGUAUUCACCGAUGCGACUGAUGGAUUUAACAAAUUCCAGCGAAAAGUAUUUCCCGAUGAAUUUUCCGCACGACCUCCCGCAGGUGCCGUACGAAGUUUUCAGUAGUUAUCAGAGGAGUAUCGCUGCAGGAUACCACGCGCUGGACGCGAAGUUUUUUCAAGAAACCUAUCAAAAAAGCGAGUACGAAGAUGAAACGAGAAACGACUACGUCGCGGCACAUUUUCAAUCACAAGGCGACUACGUGGAAGCCGAAGACUACACACGAAGGCACAUCAAAGUUGAAAUCGAAGACGAGCCCAUUGUUCCGGUACGCACAGUGGGCAGAAAACGCAAAACCAACCUCCUCGAGUCCGACGACGAGAAUUCUUGCGGGAGUGUCACCAAGUCAAAGUCGCGCAGAAAAACGCCGCAAAGCUUCGAAGACAUUCAAAAUCAAAGGAUAAUGGCAAACGUUCGAGAAAGGCAACGGACACAAAGCCUAAACGAGGCCUUCGCGAGCUUACGAAAAAGCAUACCAACCUUACCGUCGGACAAGCUUUCGAAAAUCCAAACGUUGAAAUUAGCCACGAGGUAUAUCGACUUCUUGUGCCACAUUUUAUCGACGUCCUCUCCAGAAACAUCGAGUGAUAACGACGUGAUCGGAAACGUGUGCUCCUAUACGGCCCAUGAAAAACUUAGUCGCGCUUUUAGUGUAUGGCGAAUGGAAGGUGAUUGGAAUUCGAAUACGUGAUAAGUAGGUAGUUAAAAAAUACCCGCGAAAUAAGUUACCGUACAGUCAAAAAUUUUCUCGGAAUAUUUUCUAAUUAUAGUUCGAAAAUAACUUCCGCGACAAAGACUUUAUUUUUACGUUCUGUGUAAUUUUAAUUCAGACAUAUAACGAGUUUCCGUUCCUUUAAAAUCUGAGAUGUUUAUUUUUAUUAUUAGAUUAUUAUACUUUGUUGAGUUUC